AUGUCAGCACACACCAAGCAGAAUGGCUGCAGCGGCAACCAGUGCACAGCGUACCCCUUUAAGGUGAAGCGCGAGAUGUAUCGCGAGCAGCGACAGCGUCUGGGCGCCGCGUUGCGUUCAAGCAAAGAUGCGACGCAUGCCGCCUUCCUCCAGGGUGGAUCGGAGGUGCCGGUGAACUCAACGGAUGUCAAUUACCUUUUUUGGCAGGAAAGUUACUUUGCGUACCUGUUUGGCUGCAGCAUUCCCGACAGCUUUGGCGCCGUGCUCGCCGACGGCACGGGCCUCCUCUUCAUUCCCCGCUACCCCUUGUCCUACGCCGUUUGGAUGGGUGAGCUGCCCACUCCAGACGCCGUGAAGCGCUCCACCGAGGCGGAGGAGGUGUACUACGCAGAUGAGAUCAACGCCGUGCUCACGUCAAAGGGCGUACAAACCGUUGAGGUGUUGGACGGUGUCAACUCGGACAGCGGUCUCAACGUUCUGACGGCGACACUUCCGGAGGGCUCCAAGCUGAAGGCGUCCCACGGCUGGCUAUUCAACACGCUUAGCCAACAACGUUGCCACAAGACAGACCUCGAGGUGGAGCUCCUGCAGUAUGUGUGCAAAGUCUCUAGCGAGGCCCAUAUUCAUGUCAUGCAGCACUGCAAACCUGGCAUGUCGCAGCAUCAGCUUGAAUCCACUUUUUUGCAUCAUGUGUAUUACCAUGGUGGCUGCCGUAAGGUGGCGUAUACGUGCAUCUGUGGCACCGGCCACCAUGGGGCAGUUCUGCACUAUCCGAACAAUGAUGCCCCCAUUGAGAAUGGAACCAUGGCGCUUCUUGACAUGGGCGGUCAUUACAUGGGCUAUGCAAGCGAUAUCACGUGCUCCUUCCCCGUCAAUGGCAAGUUUACCGAAGACCAGCGAACGAUCUACAAUGCCGUGUUGGACGCCCACGACUCCGUACUGCGGCAGCUGAAGCCAGGCGUGAACUGGGUAGAUAUGCAUAAACUGGCUCUGCGUGUAAUGUGUGGGCACCUUGUGCGGGCAGGCAUUAUCUUGGGGGACGUGGAUACCCUCAUGCAAAAACGUGUCAUGGGCCUCUUCCAGCCGCAUGGCCUUGGCCACCUCAUGGGUCUGGAUGUGCACGAUGUCGGGGGCUACUUGCAGGGAUGCCCGCCGCGGCCUGAGGAGAGUGACUGCUGCAAGCUUCGCACGGCCCGUGUGCUGGAAAAGGGGUUCUGCAUCACGGUGGAGCCCGGCUGUUACGUGAACCGCGCUCUCCUCACCGACGCCUUUGAGAACCCGGAGUUCAAGCCGUACCUCAAUGAGGCCAAGCUCCGCUCCCUGUGGAACUUUGGCGGCGUGCGCAUUGAGAGUGACGUGCUCAUCACUGAGGCGGGCGCCGUCAACAUGACCCGCGUCCCCCGCACCGUGGAGGAGAUUGAAAAGACGAUGGCCGGCGCCCCCUUCUCGCGGGAGAUUCAGGUGUUUACCCACUGA